UUAAUAAUUUAAUAAUAUAUAAUUCAAAAUUUUAAAAGUAUGCAUUUAAAAUGUGAUAUAUUAAUACAUUAUUUUAAAUUUUCCAUUGAGAAAUUAAAUAUUCCAAAAUUAAAUUUGAAAUAUUAAUUUUAAAAAUAAAUCUCAAUGUUUAUAUCAACUUUUAUAUUUCUUUUGGUAUCUAAAAUUAUUUCAAUUGUGCUACGAGUUUUUAAUAUCUUAUAUGUAAAGUGAAAUAUAUAUUAUGUUAUAUAUGUUAACAAUUGUGCAAUAAUAAUAAUUAUUAUAUAAUUGUAUUAAUAAUUAAAAUUCGAUUAAUUUCUAAUAAGAAUUUGAUACAUACUCUUAUAUAGUUUUAAUAUGGUAUAAUUUUUAAUCGCAUAAUGAAUAAGGUUAUGUUUACUACAAAUAUCAUAAUUUUCAAAUUGCUAAAAAUAAAUCAUGAAACUAUAAAAUUUUCAAAUAAAUUUCUACAUAUACGAUUUCAAUUUCUUUUUUCAAAAAAAAAUGAAACGAUUGAAAGUCCGAGAAUGCGUGAAUUUAGAAAAAAAUUAAGAGAACGUACACCUUUAGAAAAAUUAGAAGAACUCGAAGAAGGCAAACACCCUUAUCAAGAAAAAGAACCAUUAAAACCAUUUCCAAAUAAUACGAAUCCAAAAACAGGUGAGAUAGGAGGACCACGUGGACCAGAACCAACACGAUAUGGUGAUUGGGAAAGAAAAGGUUUUUUAUUGCGAGUUAAAGAGCCAGAUGCAAAAUUAGAGAAAAAAGAAUCAAUAAGAAUGAAACAGUUUCAUAAAAAAUUAAAAUUGCAACCUAUACCUAAUAUAAUAAUAGGAAUACCACCAAAAGAACGUUUUGUGGACUUGGUUUUAGUGGAAACUGAUCCAAAUAAUGGAGAAUUAAUAACAAAUAAUGAAAAAGAUCCAACGAAGUGGGGAGACUGGCAGAACGGUGGACGGGUGAGCGACUUCUGAUCUAAAACCUUACAUCUUCAUUUGAAGAUAUAAAUAUAAAAAAUAUAAAAACAUAACAAUCUCAAUUCACUUAAAUUUAUAAAAUUUAUUAUUCUAUUUUUAUAAAUCUUAUUUGUUAAUUAUAUUUCUAAUCUUCAAUGUAUUUUUAAAAAAAUAAUCUAGAUCAAAUUUUGAAUAAUUAGUAGUAAAUGAAAUAGUUUAUUUUCUCUAUAACAAUUCUAAAAUUUUUUAUUGUAUAAAUAAAUAAUAAAUAAAUUGAAAUUAUAAAUAAAUGAUAAAAUAUUAAUAAUAAAAAGAAAUUAAAAAUUGAAAUAAGAUUAAAAA